UUUACCGGUUUCUAAAAUAUCCGGUUUGGCGUGGUUUUGUCCGGUUCGUAUAAUCUCAAAAGAGAGAAGCAGACAUUGAAACCUUGAAUCAACAGCAAUGGAGAAAAGAGACGAAGCAGGAGAGUAUCAUUCCAAAGAUUUCGAAUGGGAAUUUCUUCAGAACAUCGUCGAGAACGAUCCUUCUCUCUCCCACCAUCUCCACCACCACCACCAAGAUUUCUCUAAAUAUUCACCAAAUUCGCAGCCAUGGCAAGAUUUUCACUCCCGUCACUCCUCCGGCAAAUUCUUCAAGGUUCACACACAUCACUACUCUAGUGGAAGCAAGAACAUUACUGUAUAUGCUUGUGAUUGUAGUAGCGAGGCUCUUGUUAGGACUAAAGAGAACAUUGACCGCGCUAUUGAUAAAGUUGAUAAUUUCCGUUCUUUCUGUUGUGACUUUUCGACGUCUGAGUUUCCUAAUUGGGUGGCAUGUGAUCGUUGUCGAGACAAGCUUAUGGUUAACCAUUCAGGAGGGAGCGAAGGCAUGCAGGUUAACUAUAAAUGUUUAUUGAAUGAACAUUGCAUCGGCGGGGUGGAUUUUGUCACUCUGAUAUUUACAUUGUCGGCAGUGCCUAAAGAAAGGAUGCCGAGAGCUAUCAAGGAAUGUUUUUCUGUGCUCAAACCGGGUGGUCUGCUCUUGUUCAGAGAUUACGGCUUAUAUGACAUGACUAUGCUACGGUUUGAGCCAGAGAAACGUGUAGGAUUUAGGGAAUAUGUGCGGUCAGAUGGAACCCUUUCCUAUUUCUUUUGUCUCGACACUGCCAGGAAACUAUUUACAGAUGCUGGUUUCAUUGAGGUUGAGCUUGAAUAUUGUUGUGUCAAAGCAGUAAACCGGAGAAAGGGUAAGAACAUGUACCGAGUUUGGGUUCAUGGGAAGUUCCAAAAGCCCUUCUAAAUUAAGUUGAAAGGCAAUCUUCUAUCUGUGAACAUUGCAGAGUCUAGUUUUUGGAUUAUCUUUCUUCAUUGAUCCUCUCAUACUAAGUUCGCGUUCUUUGUUCUCUAAUCUUGAUAUUUUUAUAAGCAAUUCCUGUAAUUGUAACCUCAC